AUGCGCUUUGCAUUGAUCUUGAGAAGCGGUUUACAGUGCUGGAAAAGUUGCAUGGCACUUAUGAUGAAAUUUUGCAAGCGCUUGAAGGCGAGAUGGAUGUCUCUCCAAGUGGAACUCCAGGGAAGCUACACCAUCGAGCGCUUCCAUCGGCUGAACGACUACUCGCAGCGAGUAAGCGGCAAGAGAAUAGUCCUUAUCUCUCUGUUGACCCCACUGCCUUGCAUCGCGCUGAGUAUCCUGAAAGAGGUGCCACCGUUGAAGCCGACCGAAGCUGGUGUUUUGGGAAACUGGGUCUUCUUCAUUCGCGCUUGGAUAGUGAGUGCGUUUGUGGGCGGUAGCAUUCCCGUGAUGGUACACCAAGAUGUCCCUCGCCUCACGAUGACAGCUCCUCAGAUUGUUUCGGUGGCACUGCUCGCGGGUGGAAUUGCAAUGCUGUUUAUUGGCGUUGCUUGUGCCUUGACUGUGUUCCCGUGGCCGUUUGGAGUGCUAAUUGUUGGGGUUCCCAUGAUGUGUGUGGAGGCGUUCUGUCAUCUGCGGCUAGCGGAUCACCAGCUACGAGGUGAUAGCGCGUUAUGGGCCGACGUUAAGCGAGUGCUUGCCAGUACUCAGUGUUUCCUUUCACUUCCUUUCAUUUAUCCGCUCUACAUUUACGGGUUUGUGUCGCUCUCUGGUACCGGCCAAGUAUUGUUCGUUAUUGUACUACCGAUCAUGAAACUCUUUGCCAAAAACUGGAUGAACUUCACACUUUCUGGUCGUGACGACAUUAAACCAGAGAUGAUCGUGUUCGUAGUUGAAGUGUUCAACUCCCUUUAUAUCUCCAGUGCGCUGCAAAAUACUUCGUCCUGGGCAUCGACCGCCACAGUCAUGGGCUCCGAC